UCAGUCAUUAGAUUAAUUAUUGUAAUUGGAGCACCGCACAUCAGCGCAUUAUUUUAUUUAAUAAAAUAAUUUAUUCGCAACGAUAAGAGGAACGAACGCCUUCUAUUUAUAUAUUCAAGUGGAUCACGAUAUUUUUUCGCAGCGUGACAACGGUUAUCGAAAUUUAGCAGCACAAUGACUGAAACUACAAGUCAAGAGUUUAACAAGAAGACCUUCCUUGAGCUUUACUGGCAGAAGCAGAGAGAGCUUACUCGCCGACAGCGUCAAUACAAGAUGAUACUGUCGACAAAGCUGAGCACGCGCAAGGACACGAUUGUCAUGCAAAGCUAUCAAAACUCCAUUGAUCAGUUGCGUUUGGAAAAGGACACGUUGCGCGCACAAAUAUGGGUUGCCAAUGGUGAAACGCAUCGCCACACGACAAACCGCGCGCUGCAAAAUAUACGAUGUCACGUCACCUGCCAGGAACAUUUGGGCGAUGAUAUCAAGUACCUUAAGACAUCCAUAACCAACAUGGAACGUGAGAUUAGUCGCGUCAAUAAGCAAGUGUACGAGCUAAAUCGACGCACCGUACCCGACUCGCAGCAUCAAGCGUACGUGGCACGCAUGCGCAAGAAGUUGGACAUAUUGGAGAAUCAAUUGGAGGUUGGUGUGCGCACCGAAUGCGCCUUUGCAGCGAUCAAUAGUAAACUGCGCGAGGAAUUGAUAAUGUUGCUACAGCAUCGCACCAUUUUCAAUGAUAUUUACACGAAACUGGUGCAAAAGCUGAAUAGCGAUCGGAAAUACAUUAUCGACUUGAUCGAGUAUGCAUUGGCCACUUUCGAGAGUUGUAUACACGCCUAUGAGAAGAUCAAUAUACUGACGAAGAAGGAGGGAAAGGAUAUGGAAAUGAAAAUGGUUGAAAUGCAAGCGAUAAUGCGGAAUAGAGCAGCGGAGGAGGCUAAGUUGGACUUUUUGGAUUGUAAGGCACGCGGACGUGUGAUGGAUGAUUUGCAGCCGAAAGAGUACCGCAGACGUGAAAGAUUCCGUCAACAGCAUCGUAAACGCAUCGAUCUUUACAAUACAAUAUUACAGAAAAUUCUAGCCUACACUAAUUCCAACGAUGUGGAUUCUGUCAUUAACAAAUUCCAAGAGCAGGAGAGCCUUUACUACUCCUACUUUAACUAUGCGAAUGAGAUGAGCUAUCACAUGACAUUAUUGAAUAAUUCCGUUAAUCGUUUAUUUAAUGAAAUCUCCGCACUGAAACAUACCAAUCACAACACUUUGCAAAACCAACUGGAAACCAUCGAGGACCUGGAGCACAGCUUGAAGGAGAAACAACAGAAGAAUGAUGAUUUGCGUAAUGUGUGCGAUCAAAACGAUGAACGGCUGGAGAAACUCCUACAAGGCAUACAGCUAAUCAAGGAUCACUCACGUGCCGAUUGUAAGUCGCUCGAAGCAUUAUUGGGUGACUUCAGCAAGGUCAAUCUCUUCAAUAUGCGUCACUUUUUGAAGAUAUUGGAAAAACGCAUACAUGCCAUAACCGUCGCUCAAUAUAUGCGCGAGCGUCGCCUGGUCAAACGUUCGAGUGAAUACAUUGUCCGAGAUGUUAUUAAGGUCUGCGAUUGUCCAACACCACUCGAUGAGAUCGUGCUCACCCAGCAAUGUCCAGAGUGUGGCGAAGCCGAUGCCACCAAUGUCGAUGAUACCGAGGGCGAGGGUAUACUAAGUCUGAAUACGGUUUUGAAGAAACUAUAUGAGCGCAUCAAUCAACCGGAGAUGCAAUAUCGCUUGCAUAGCAUUAGUCAAUGUCGUCUGCCCCAUUCCCGUAUGCUCGCUGCCAAACGUAACGGCUGAAGAUCUGCGCGUAUGUGUAUGUCAUGGAAUUGUCUAAGAUUAAAUUAACUGUAACUCUUGGCGUAGGCUGAUACCAACACAUAUUUUUACGAUUGUCGUGUCCUUUUAUUGAGGGAUAUCAAAAUAGAGACUUUUUAUAAAAAGAA